AUGAAGGUCAAGAAGGCACAACAUUCUCCAGCAGUGCUUUCCAUCACUAUGCUUUCUCCCCUUUAUCUGGUCUUUCUGUUUAUGAUCUCAGGAGCUCUUGGGAAUAAAUGGAGUGUGACAUACAAACCAGAACAUCUCUGUGCCUUAAAAGGAUCUACAGUGUUUAUGAACGGCUCGUACACACACCCAACAGAUUUUACAGUGAAUAAGGCAUUUUGGGUAAUAAACCCAGUUAAGGGUAAAGAGUCGGCUGAUCUGAGUACUGUAUCAGGUUACUCAGGGAGAGUGGAGUAUUUAGGAGAUAAACAGAAACACUUCACCCUCAGACUGAGUGACGUGAAGAAAACAGAUGAACAUCAAUACUGCAUUAGAGUCAUAGGACAGACAAGUAAAGAUAAAUACCUCUUUUCUCCAGGAGUGAGACUCACUGUCACAGAUCGUCAGGUUAUCGCUCCUGCAGAAGUGACAGAGGGACAAUCAGCCCUUCUGAUUUGUAAAACCACCUGCAGUCUGACUGAUCCAACAUUCAUCUGGUACAAAACCAGCCGUGAUUUAACCACAAACACCAUCAAGAGCAAUAAAGUCCACCUGCAGUCGGUCAGCAGUGAGGAUGCAGGCAGUUAUAGCUGUGCUGUAAGAGGAUAUGAACAUCUCCCCUCUCCUGCUCACACACUCAGAGUCAGAUAUUCACCAAAGAAUGUCUCAGUGUCCAUCAGUCCCUCUGGUGAGAUAGUGGAGGGCAGUUCAGUGACUCUGACCUGCAGCAGUGAUGCUAACCCACCUGUGGAGAUCUACACCUGGUUUAAGGAUAUGACAUCAGUAGGAAAAGAAAAGACCUACAACAUCUCCAACAUCAGCUCUGAGGACAGUGGAGAGUACAAGUGCAAGUGCAGUAAUGAAGUCGGACAUCAGGAGUCCAGCAAUGUAACUCUGAAUGUUCUGUAUCCUCCAAAAAAUGUCUCAGUGUCAAUCAGCUCCUCUGGUGAGAUAAUGGAGGGCAGUUCAGUGACUCUGACCUGCAGCAGUGGUGGUAACCCACCUGUGGAGAUCUACACUUGGUUUAAAGAGAGAACAUCAGUAGGAAAUGAAAAGACUUACAUCAUCUCCGAUAUCAGAUCUGAGGACAGUGGAGAGUACAAGUGCAAGUGCAGUAAUAAAGUGGGAUAUCAGGAGUCCAGCAGUGUUAUUCUGAACGUUCUGUAUCCUCCAAAGAAUGUCUCAGUGUCCAUCAGUCCCUCUGGUGAAAUAGUGGAGGGCAGUUCAGUAACUCUGACCUGCAGCAAUGAUGCUAACCCACCUGUGGAGAACUACACCUGGUUUAAGGAGAAGACAUCAGUAGGGGAGGAAGAGACCUACACCAUCUCUAACAUCAGCUCUGAGGACAGUGGAGAGUACAAGUGCAAGGGCAGUAAUGAAGUCGGACAUCUAAUCUCCAGUAGUGUAAUUCUGAAUGUUCUCUAUCCUCCAAAAAAGGUCUCAGUGUCCAUCAGUACCUCUAGUGAGAGUUUAGUGGUGAUAAUAUUGAAACAUAUAAGAGGCAGUUCAGUGACUCUGACCUGCAGCAGUGAUGCUAACCCACCUGUGGAGAUCUACACCUGGUUUAAGGUGAAUGAAUCCUCAGCUGUAGGAUCUGGACAGAGUUACAGAGCUCUACAGAGUGGACAGUACUACUGCGAGGCUCAGAAUAAACACGGCUCUGAGAGAUCAGCUGCAGUGUCCGUCACUGUAAAUGGGUUUUGGAGUUUAAUUGUGUACACAACUGUUGGAGUCUUUGUGUUUGUGUGUAUUUUUCUCAUCAUCACCUUCUUUUUUAUAAGGAAAAGAACUGGUACAACACGAGAUCAACAGGAAGAUUUACAUAAUAUUAUAGCAGAAGCAAAUGCAAUCAACCCUCCACCUGAUACAGCCUCGGCCAAUCAAAAUGAAGCUGCAGACUCCGGGAACACUCUGGAAGCUGAGAGUCCUGCUGUAGAAGCUUCUGCCUCUGAGGAGGAGGUUCAGCUCACCAGUGCCGACUGCAGGCCCGACAAUGCUGAGGAUACCAGUGCUAUGUACGGAAAUGUGAACUAAACACCAUUCACCCAUAAGAACUUCUAGAUACUCUUCGGAUUGACACACAUAAGCAUAGAAGCCAUAAGCCAUUUUUUAUUAUAAUGAUUUUUUAAAAUAGUUUUUCAUGCAUAUUUCAUGCAUAAUAUGCGUUGCAUAUUAUAUUUGCUAUCUGUAUACUAAAGUGUAAACUUUACAACUGCAAAAUAUUGGAUGUUUCAAAAAGGGGGAUUAAAUUAAAGCAACCAUUAAGCGUUUUAAUAUUGAAAUAUAUGGGUAAAUGCCAAUUUGGUAAAACGCCUCAGCACCAGGAAUAACUUAACGGACGUCCUUAGGUGAAAAAUUCCAGUAGGUCCAGCCAGACUAAAAAAACAUUCCCCUGUUCAGGAUUACCUUCUCAAGAUCAUCAGAUUUUAAGAUUUUUUCCUGCAAGUCUAAAAAUCUAAUUGUUGUAAAACUGCUUUGCGCAAUUAGCUAUAA